GAGGCAAUGAUAAGCACCUUUCCCUACAUUGGAGUAUUACAACUGUUUAAUACCUUUAUCUACUUUUAAGAUUAGAUAUCGAGCUUGAACUUACAUCUUUACUUGAUUUCUAACCGGUUACCGAAUUUGUGAAUAAAAAUGUUAUGCAGGAAGAAGAAAAUUAACGAAGAAACAAAAAGAUCUAACGUUAUCGAUAACGCGCUCAAGAGCGAGAAGAAAAAAUUAGACAGGAUACAACGAAUACUGCUUUUGGGAACGGGAGAAGCCGGUAAAACGACAAUUAUUAAGCAGAUGAAAAUUAUUCACAUUAACGGAUUUUCUGAACAGGAGAAACGGGACAAGGUGGCCAAUAUCAAGCAAAACAUACACGAGUCAAUUUACGCUCUUAUUUAUAAUAUGAGCAAAAUUGAUCCACGGACCAGUUUAGAAGCUAAAAACUGCGCGUUAGGAGAAUACAUACUUCAAAUAGGUGAGGCAACGCCACGGGAAUUUACUGAUGAGUAUUACAAUACCGUAACCGCUUUGUGGGCGGACUCGGGUGUAAAGAACACGUUUCAACGCUCGAAUGAGUUUCAACUCAUUGACAGUGCUGCACACUUUUUAGAUCGAAUAGAUAGCAUAAGAGAUCCAAAUUAUGUGCCUACUGUACAAGAUAUGUUGUACUGCCGCACAAGGACGGUAGCAAUAUCAAAAAUCGAAUUCACCAUCCCUUACAAAGGACAAAAUGUGGACUUUUGUAUGUAUGACGUUGGCGGACAACGCGGAGAAAGAAAAAAGUGGAUAUCGGUGUUUGAAGGCAUAGGCGCAAUUUUGUUCUUAAUAGCUGCAAGUGAUUUCGAUCAAACACUAAGAGAGGACGGCGUAACAAAUCGAUUAAACGAAGGAUUUAAGGUGUUCAAAGACAUAUUUUGGAGCAGAUUCGUGCGAAAUGCUGGUAAAAUUGUAUUCUUAAACAAGCAGGAUAUUUUAAAAGCUAAAGUUGAAAGUGGAAAACAGUUAGAAAACUAUUUCCCCGAAUUUGCAAAUUACGAAAAGGCCGAACCUAAUCAAUAUCAUCGUGCUAAAUUUUUUAUUCGCGAUCAAGUGCUGAAAAUUGCGAGCAGGCCACCAAAACCCGAAAUGGUGGAUUUUUUUCCAGAUGUUGAAAUAAAGCAAAAUGUGAAAUCGGAAUUACUGUUUGUACAUUUCACUGUCGCAACCGAUACCAGCAACGUGAAAUUAGUUUUUAACGAUAUUAAAGAUAUUAUUAUAGCAAUAAAUUUAGGAAACAGCGGUCUGAUUUAGACUUAUUAUUUCUUACAUUGUACACACAUAAAAUAAAAAUAAAUUUCUUUUACAA